CUCUCUCCCUCUCUCCCUCUCCCCCCCACCCCCCCACCAACGAGACCGAGCCCAACAAAAGUACCCGGCCUGGAAAGCUGAUUCCGGGGGCCCGAGAUGGACGCAGUGGGGUCCAGGAUGGGACGGUCGUCGUCUCGGUAUGGCUCCACCACCGUGUUCAACGGCCCGGUGAGGAGGUGGAAGAAGAAGUGGGUCCACGUGUCACCCUCCAAGCCGACCCUCAGCAGCUCUCACUCCCAGGCCAACGGUUCUGGAAGUAGCCUCUGCCUCUGCCGCUGGACCCCAAUCUCCUCCGGUGGCGGCGCCCCAGCUGCGGCCGAGGAGGAGGAGGAGCCCCGGAGGCGCAAGUUCCGCUACACUCCCAUUGCUGUACUAGAUGAACAAAGUAAGGCUGUUGCGAAGAAGUCUAAUGAAGAAGCUCUUCGAAAGCCAAUUGUUAAGAAUGAUGAGAUUUUUGAGAAGCGUGAUAUGGAUGAGGAGAUGCAGGAUUCUAGAAAGAGCGACUUGAAUCUGGGAUUGGACUUGGAAGGUACAGACAAUGGAAACAGCAGUGGAAUUGAGGAUGAAGAUGCCCAAUUGAAGGAAGCAAGCUCAAGUGGGUUUUGGUCCACUGGUUGAUGCUGAUGUUGUCCCGGCCAGAGAAGAUACUGAUUUGGAGCAUUGGGUUGGGUCUUCUACCUUUGUUUUUAGAUUGUAAUUAGUAGGCUUCAGGCGCUUCAGGUGCAGCUGUACAUAUAGAAAAAUCUAGAGUGUUCUGACUGUCUCACUCUGCUCGGUUAAAAUACAUAGUGUUUAUGUGGGUACGUAUAGUUAGGAAGCUUUAUUGCUUCUUGCUGAGUGGAAGAUGAUCAGUUUCUUUGUCUUUCAAGGAGCAUGACGAAGAUGAUUCAUUUC